AUGGAUAGUUUAGGAUUUGUUAGAUUUUUGAUUUGCAUAUCCGAAAAAGAGAAGCAGUCGUUCCAACCACCGUCUCUGACUGCGACACUUCCCCAUGACCUCGUCCUUAACAUCGUAGCUCGUGUCUCUAGAUCCGACUAUCCAGCGCUCUCCCUCGUUUCCAAGCAUUUCCGCUCACUCGUCGCGUCACCUGAGUUAUACGCAAGACGAUCCUUGUUGGGAUGCAAGGAGCACUGCCUCUAUGUUGUCCUCAACGACGCAAAAUCCAAUGGUAACCGUUUGUAUAUUCUCCGCCGCAAAACCAACGGCAGUCACGGCUUGUUCCCUGUUGUCCCGUCGCUUCCUUUUAUACCGUAUAUUUCAUCAAGCUUUGUCGCAGAGGGAUCGAGUAUAUAUGUGUUUACAGAUGUUACGACACUAAGAAUUGACUGUGAAUCUCACACCGUGCAACCUCUCCCUAGCAUGCCUGCGCCCUUUUUGCAAUCUCACUCAGUCGCUAACGUCAUCGACGGGAGAAUUUACGUUAUUGGAUGUCCCCGGGGGGAAGUGAACAAGGACAAGGUGAUUGUGUUGGUGUUCAACACAGAGACACAAAUGUGGGAGAAUGAGAUGAAAACGUUUGAGAUAGAGGCAGGUGAGUUUUAUCAUGGAAGUGUGGUGAUAUCGGGUGAUAAGAUGUAUACGAAAGGAUUUGCUAACAGCUAUUUUUACGAGCCAAAGGAGAGGAAAUGGGAAACAGACGGCGUUCUGAACUCUCAGGGGUGGUGGUUUUCGUGCGUCGUUGAUGAUGUAUUGUACUAUUAUGAAUGUUGUAAGAAAGAGUUAAGAGCGUAUGAUAGUAAGAAGAGGUGUUGGCUAGUGGUGAAAGGUUUGGAGGCAUUGUCGGUGGAGACAGCAAGUUCACUGUGGUCACAGACUGAGAGUUACUGUGGGAAACUCGCUUUGUUUUUUCAUAAAGGAAAAAUCGGAAGAAGAAGUGAACUCUGGUGUGCGGAGAUUUCGUUGGAAAGAUCUCAAGGAGGUGAGAUUUGGGGUAAAGUUGAGUGGUGCAAUCAUCUUUUGACCGGGAUGAAGUUUCUCUAUACCAAAUCUCUAGAUGUUGUUGUGUGA